CCGACUCAACAUCUGAAAAUUUUGCAUUUCCCGCGUUAUCAUUUUCACGCCUUAAUUCAAAAUCUCUCUGCAACACAGUGUUUCUGGUUCCGGAGAUUCUGAAGCAUCUGGAUGUCUUCGUCAUCUGCUUAAGCUCUUGUUCGAAAAUUCAAUCGAUCUUGAUUGAUAGCUCCUUGGGUUGUACUUAUUUUCUUCUCUUUCCGUUUUCUCUCUCUCCAACUCAAGAAUUCAACUCGUAUAUCUAUUUAUUUUGUUCAAUUAGCAGCGUGUAAUGGUAUUUUCUGUUUUGUUUCAUUGAAUCUCUGGUUCCCGUUAUGUGGAAUUUUAGUAGUCUGUUGUACUAAGUGCGGUGUUUUUUGAUGUCGAGCUAUGUUUAUUUUCUAGGUUUCAAAAAGAAUUAAUAAAUCAUGCUUUAUCACCAUCACGUUUUAUCAUCUUGAUCAUUAUCUACAGGUCUGGUUUGGGUUGAUAUAAAAUUUCAAUCAUUGAAGUACUGAUUGCGGCUUUUGAGUGCGUGAUUUAUAUGCGAUUUUCCUUUUUCUCUCUAUAGAGUUCUCCCCAAGGAUGCUUGGAAGUUUUCUGAUCCUUGUGUAGGUACGUUUCCGAGGGUAGUGAUCUCUUAUGGUUUUGUCUGCUUAACAUAGAUUACAUCAUCAUCGUUAUUAUGGGGAAGGGAGGAUUAAGACCAUGAGGAAGAUCUUUAACUCAAUUUUUGGAAUUAGGUUUUCUGUAACUCAAUUAGUAAUUUCGUGUGCAGCCUCUUCACUAUCAGAGGUGGAGCUAAGAAGGAAAGAGGGGAACUUUGUUUUAUAUUACAAAAAUUAUAUUAAAAAUUAAGAUUUUGAAGUAUUCUUUCCAAUUUGCCCUAAAAAAUUAUUUACGAAAGGUUAGGAUCUAAAAUUUUGCCAAUCCCUAUAAAAACUUUCGGUUCUGCCGCAGCUCACAGUAGCAUGGAACACACGGUUAUAUAUGAUGUGCUGGAAAGUUGAAACAUAAUGAAAACAGCCAGGCACCCGGAUGGACGAGCAAAAAAGUCGCGGAAAAGGUGUGGGGAAUCUGCUGACACUACUGGUGUUCAUAAAUCUAGAAAGAGAAUUUCCCAGAAGAUAAAAGCUCCUGAAAAUGCAUACAUUGAAGAUGACUUGAAGAAUGUUCAGAGUUCGGUGAAUUGGACUAAUCCAACAGAAAUGACAGAGAGGCUAGCUCUUGCUGAUCUUCAUCCCACACAGACGCUCCAUCCUCGCACAAAAAUCAAGCUUCAACUUUUUCCAAUAAAUGAGAAGACCCGCAUGGCAUUAGAAAAGGAUGGCUAUCAUCCACAUUUGGAACUAACUUUAAGGGCUCGAAAGAAAAUUUCUUCGGUAUUAAAUCAUCUUAUUAGCAAGUGGGGACAAUCUAGUGUGGAACGAGGGGAGCUCAUGCUUUUUCCAUAUAGUAAGCCGCCAAGUCUUGCCAGUGGUCUAAAAUGGACUCUGAACGACUGUGACAUCAGUGCUGGAGAUGUCUAUGCAGCCGUUGGAGGUUUUUCAAUUUUCCGCUUAAGGUACGGGUGGGUCUCCACGUCCAUUCCCUUCGAACUUCAUUCAUCCUCGAAAGGCUUGGAGAAAGGUUGUGGUAGUAAUGUGCAAAUGGUGCAUGGGGAAGGUAAACUAUCUGAGGAAAUGAUGGACGAGGUGAAAUCAAGCAACGUGAAUGAUGUAAAUAACACUGCUGCAUCUGAGAAGAUUGUGGACUGUCCUACUAAUCCGAUGGAUAAUGGGCCACCGUUAGACUCUGGUCUUCAUAUGUCAUCAAAGUCUGGAAUUCUGCAGUUAGAUAGCAUUUCAAACAUAAGCAUGGGAGGCCUCCUGUCUGAAGCUUCCUUGUUGGGAAAAUGCAGUAGCUGGGGUUCAAAGAUAACUGGUGGCAGUACAGGCGUACAGCCAACUCAAGUGAUAACUGAUUCACUUGACGCAUGCAUUGCUGCGGCCCAGAUGAGUUCUUCUCAAGUUCCAAAGCAGCCCCAUAACGAGCAACAUUCGUCUAUUUUGGAUGCCGAGGAGACUUGUGACGCAUUUCCUAUGAAAAGGUUCUCUUCCUCGAGCAAAGAUAUUCUCUCUCUAGAUCCCAGUGCUGGGGGCACCAUCCAAGAUGCCGGUUCCAAGUUAUUCAAAUUUCCUAAAACAUCUCAGGUCCACGGUCGAUCUGAGCUUUCUCAAGAUCUUGCUGGUAAAGAAUCCAAGACAGAUCUGAUAUUCUGUUCGCGGGUUUAUCACGAUGAAAGUAGCCUUGGGCUGUCAGGAAUCAAAUGGAGCGACUCUUUAGGACCCUUUGAUCUUGGCUUACCUGUUUCCCGGAAGGUCUCCUCAAGUGGGGAUGGUCUUAGCAUGAGUGGAUUUGUCAGAUAGCAAUAAAGAUAUUGUCAGCAUAUAGAGAGACAGGAAUUUUGGAGAGGCUGAAGACCCGAGAAGAGAGCAUUGGGACACUAGCGAGGCGGGGAUGGUAUAUUUUUCCCCAACAGAUAUUCGAUACAGAGCCAAUUUCAUCCUACAAAACACACUGGUUAAGAACUUUGGACAAGUAUAGUACGUUCAUUUGCAAAUAUUUUGGCAUGUCAUUUGUAACUGUAUAGAUUCUUCACUUGAAAUAUCCUGAAGCUUUAGUCAGUAUAAUCUAUGUAUUGCGACUACAGAAGCUCCUGCUUCGACCUGGGCUUCAACUUUAGACAUUAGAUUUGUUGUCUAGAGAUGGUAUAUAGAUACAAUACAUUUUGUCAAAUGUUUAUGAAGAAAAUGUAAUUGCCAAAUGAUUGUGAUUUUGUUUCAGCAGUCUGUAGUUGAACUAUUUUGGUUUGUGCAUGAAAUGAAUAUAUUCU